AUGUCACUUGUAUUGUGCAGACCGAUUUUUGGAAUAAUUACGCUCUUUUGUUUCGCUAGAGGUGUUCCUGCUACUACUUAUAGAAACAUGAGCGAUCUCGCUGGAGUUCAUUCCAUUGCAUACGUAACAGUUCCAACACAAGAAGUCGCUAAAAAAUUGUCGCAUGGCUUGGUGAAGAAUAAAUUAGCCGCUUGCGUUAAUAUUAUACCAGGGCUUACAUCGGUAUAUGAAUGGAAAAAUGAAAUUAAUGAAGACAAUGAACUUCUACUGAUGAUAAAAACUAGGACUGAUACUGUAAACGCCCUAACAAAGUAUAUAAUGGAAAACCAUCCAUAUGAAGUUUGUGAAGUAAUCUCAUUACCUAUUCAAAAUGGAAGUCACAAAUAUCUCCAAUGGAUAAGCGAGAUAGUUCCACCUAUCAAUCAAAGAGAGCAAUAAAAUAACUUUUCUUCUAUAUUCAUAUUUAAAAGGAUUCUAAUGUCACAUAUUAUAAUAAAAACAUUUAUUUACCUUGUUAUAAAAUAACAUGAAUUGUUUUAUAAAUUUUUCACUACCGUGAAAAGUUAUGUUAUGCUAAUUAGAAAAAACAAUACAAUUAACAAAAAUGCAAACUAGAACCAUUACAAUCGAUAUAAAUUUGAACACAUCGAUAAACGCGUAUACAUUUACAAAUAAAUGAUCAAACAUU